AUGUCCUUGCCACUGUGCGAAAGCUGCCCCCAUCAUCUUUUUCUUCCUGCAAGAACAAACAUUGUUGCAGAAUCCUCACUCUGGCAUGGCACAAAUCUGUCUUCCACUGACGCCGAGCGGCAAACAGCACUUAACUGCAUUUCUAACACGGAGCAUCACAUUGCCAAACUCGAUAACGCAUUAGCUCGUAUCAGUAGGAUCCUUGAUUCAAUGAAGGUUCAACGUGAUAUUCUCAUCCAUGACAGAGACAACUUGAAGGCUCUGCUUAUGCCAAUUCGUCACAUUCCUAAUGAACUUUGGAUGAAGAUCUUACCUGCUGCCAUCCAAGGCACUGAUUUGGACUUUUCCCUCUUUCAAGUAUGCCGACAGUGGAGAGGGCUGCUUUUUUCAUCUUCGCAACUGUUUGACCGUGUCCAGCUAAAUCUCGCAAAUCCGAACACCAGUUGCGAGAAAUGGACGAGGUUCCUCACGGAAUACAUCACUCGUUUGCAUGGGGGCAUAAUGGUAUCUCGGGUUGACAUUGUUUUCCCAGAACCGUGGAAGUACUGUGUUUUGAAACAAGGCAGCAGGGAAUCUGCUCAAUUUAUCAGAUCAUUGAAGAAGCAUAUGGAAUGCAUCGCCUCGAGUUCGUACUGGCAGAGCAUUACCCACCUCAGGAUGGUCAAUUACAGUCCCAAUGAUUGGGACCAGGUGUUUUGGGGUAGUUCGUUUAGGCCCCCUCCACGCUUGGAGUACCUGGCCAUCGAAUUGAAUGAAGUCAACCAUCGACGUCCACCAGAUAUGUCUCCAAGCUGGGACAGCCUUUUUGCGACCUUUAAGGAUAGAUGUCAGCAUCUUUGUUGGAUGACCAUCCCCGAUGGGCCUUUCAACUCAGCAUUCGAAUCAGAAUCAAGAAUGGUAGUUGUUAAUUUGACCGCCACAGAUGCGCACCAAGCAAUGCAGAUCCUUCGACAACACACGGUGUCUCUCACUGAAUUCACCAUGCAAUCCGCACGGACAGGAAAUUUUGUUCCUAAUUCAACGCCCAAAUUGGUACUUGAUCAACUCCACCAUCUAGCUAUCGAGGCGGCAGACUAUGAUAUCCAUGGGAUUUUAGGAAAUAUCACUUGUCCAUCCCUUGUUUCUCUGCAUCUUUGUGGAGUCCUAGAUUGGGAAGUAGUCUCCCAGUUCAUUGUCCGGUCUGGAUGCACGCUCGAGACAUUGAGCAUUGGGGUGGCCUCAAAGAGUGGGAAUCGCGAAUAUCAUGAUGUCGGAUUAAUCAACAUAUUACGCUCAAGUCCAAGCAUCCAACGUUUCACCUACUUUGAACCCUCUCUUGUGAUUCAACAUGAGAACUACUAUUCAGGCUCUCAUAUGUCGGAACCUCUUCUCACUGCUCUUGAUUGUUCCUCCACCUCCACCUCCUCGGUCCAGACUUCAAUUCUUCCUAAGCUUGAACACUUAGUCACUCGCUGUCCAUCCAGUCAGCUCAAUGCUGUACUUACAAUGGCCGAAUCACGACAAACACUCAAACUUUUGGGAAUUCACUUGCUGGAGUCUCGGCCUGUUCAUACGCAAUCCUUUUUCCAGUACUAUGCUUCGGACAAGAUUACAGUAAAGGAGUUUGAAUUGAAAACAAAGACAUUGAGGCAGCAGAACGUUGGUGUCUAUCAAGUACGAAUGGCUCCUGGAACGAUUAAUCCUCGAAUGGAGCGGUAA